AAGCAAAUGUCAACAACUCAGACUAUGUGCAACGGCGUCUACUUGGGCCGUCCCUCAUUUUUUUUUGUUUUAAAAUAAAUAAAAAAGACCCAAUUUAGAAGAAACGUUUCUUUAUUUGGGACGUUUUUUCGUCCGUCUAUUUGGACGCGUGGUAAGUUCUGAUUGGUUGAAGAUUUUUUCAAGGGUUAAAACAAAAUAAUUUGUCGAAUUCUCUCUUCUAUCUCAACGCCGAACGGAGAAGAUCGGAGCAAAGAUGAUGUGCGGCGGGAACUACACUACUAUCGACAGCCAGAAAGUCUCUGGAUCUGUACCUAAUCAAAUCUACAAAUGGAAGAAACAAGAAUGGAACUACGAUAUUAAUCUGGUGACUUGGUCUGCUGGAGUGUUCUAUGGAUAUGUCACGAUUGUUCCUCUAGCUUUAUACGUCGUUCUCAAAUACUUCUUUGUACCAUCAGGCCUAGUCCAACUCUUCUGUCUCUGUCUAGCAUUAUACGUUGUGAACUUUGAGGUGUCUUGUUCCUCUAGCAACAAAAUCCGGUAUCUGGUUUCAUUCAGGGAUCAUCUGACUUUUCACAAAAGCCUGCUACGAAAGAGAUUGUGAAAUGCUUGUGCCAAUCUUUUGGAAAAUCACUAUCCUCGUCUUCACAAACAUGUAAGAUUGACACUGAUACUGUCAACAUUCUUGCAACACGUAUCAAGGAGAGUUUCUUUGGACCU